AUGUUUACGUUGCUCCUUACUGCAGAGCUCUCGGGCGUCACAAACCUGCGUCCUCUUGACACGGCGGAGAACCCGUUCUGGUAUAUGUUCAAGGUCCAGUGCACUUCGUGCCGGGAGAUUCAUAAUAACUAUGUCGGUGUCAAUCGAUUCGAAACGAACGAAAUGAGUGGCAGCCGUGGGCAGGCCAAUUUUGUAUGGAGAUGCAAGAACUGCAAGAGAGAGAGCACCGCCACUGUCAAAGCUGCUGCGACCCCUUACCAGCAGCAAGAACCUGCCAAGGCACAGAAGAUCAUCGAGUUUGACUGCCGAGGUCUUGAGUUUACAGAGUUCAAAGCAGAGGGCGAGUGGCUGGCUGAUGGUAUCGAGUCGGGAUCUAAGUUCAGUGGGAUCGAGCUCAUCGACGCAGAGUGGUACGACUACGACGAAAAGGCAGGAGAAGAGGUCAGCAUCAAGGACAUUAUGUGGGAAAUCCGCAGGUCAUAG